CAUGAUAUGAUUCAUAACGCAUAACAUAGUAUAAUAUUUCCAAUCUUUAUAUUCUUUGAUAUCUACAAGCAUUUUUUAUAAACAUGGCAAAGAAUUCAUUAGCAGAACAAUUUUCCUUAAGGUGGAAUAAUUUUUCUAACAAUUUAACAUCUGGCUUUUUAAAUCAUUUUACUGAAAAUGAUCUAGUUGAUGUUACACUUGCAGUAGAGGGUCAAUUGUUACAAGCACACAAAUUGGUUCUUUCAGUAUGUAGUCCAUAUUUUAAAAAUAUAUUUAAGAAUUGUUUUAUAGGAAAAUCCUUGUCAGCAUCCAGUGAAAUCAAUAUUAAUCAGGAAGAUUUAUCUACUUUCCUGAAAGUGGCACAAACAUUACAAAUAAGAGGACUCACUGCAGAAGAUACAAGUAACACAAAAUCAUUUCCUAAUUGUGAUAAUCAAUUAGAUGUUGAUUCUAAUAUCCAAGAUAUUGCUCAAUCGAAUAUAAAUACAAUGAAUGAAACUUCCAAAGAUGUAGAAAUGAUAGAUAGAAGAAAAAGAUCCCGUGAUAUAACAAAAAAAAGUACCAAAAGAAAGAAACAAGAUACAUCAAUAACACCAGAAAAUACUCAUAGUGUAUCUAAUGAAGAAGUAAAUAAUGAUAAUCAAGAAGUUUUGUUUUUAAUGAAUCAAGACACAAAUGAUAUUUUAAAUGAAGAAGACAAUAUUAAUAUUCCUACUGUAAAAAAUAAUAACGAUAACAGUGAGGAUACCACAAUACUAACUGAUGUUGAAAAUUCAAGGGAAAAUUCAGCACAGCAAGAUGUUGAACCAGUAAUUUAUAGACUUUCUGCAAGAGGUCGACCACAAUUAGUACACGAGGGUUACGUUUACAAUUUGACAUCUCGCUCUGAGGGUUUAAAUAGAUCUCAUUAUAGAUGUGCUGAACAACAUCGUGGAUGUAAAGGUAAAUGUGCAGUUAUUGCUGAAAGAUUUAUGCCUACAGGUGUGCAUGAUCAUAAUCAUCCACCAGGGUAUCAAUCAGAACAUGAUUACAAAAAAAAGAAAGGUUUAGAUGUAGAUGCUUCUUAA